CAUCAGUCUGAAGAGGAGUCGCCUCGAUCUCGGGGCCUUUACUUCCGUCGUUUUAUAUCCCGCUGGAUCGACGCCGAGGGCCCGCUGCCGUCCCGUGUGUUCGUGCGGUGCAGCGAGUAGGACCACCAACAGUGAUCCCUCCGGACGAAUCCAUCCGAGCUCUGCUGGGGCUUCGGGAAACUUAUUGUGUAUUUUUUUUUCUCCGCACCGCAGCCUGGAUCUCAGCUCAGCCCCGGGACGAGCAGACGUCAGAGACCUCGCCUGCCGCCGCCGCCGCCGCUGCUUCUUUAUUUUAUCCACUCGCAGCCUUGUUCGUGUGGGUUUCCACCGCUGCCACAUGCACGAUGUGGCGGGGUGAGUGGCACGCUGCCUGCUAGCUGCUCGACGUUUAUCGGCUUUUUAGUUUUAAACACCGUGCCUUGGCGGAAAGAAGAGGAUUUCGUUUUAUUUAAGGUCAAAGUGACGAUGAAUGAGCAGGACAGUGGGGUGGUGUCCUUCGAUGAGUAUGUGAGGCAGAAGGCCCGAACCGUUCCCCAGCACAGGAUGAAGGAGUUCCUGGAGUGUCUAUCCAAGGGCCCCGAGGUGCUGCAGGAGUUCAACCAGCAGGAAGGGGCCGCCACCACCACAGCCAUGGUGUACCAGCAGCAGGACGGCAACUGUAUCUACACCGACAGCACAGAGGUGGCAGGGUCGCUCCUAGAGCUGGCGUGCCCGGUGACUUCUGCAGAGAAUUCACCUCAGCUGCCUGUGCACCAGGGGUCUGAUCAGCAGCUCCAAGUGCAGGUUCAGAUCCAGGAACAGCAGGGCCAAACCAUCGGCCAGGUUCUUCAGGUGGCCUCGCCCUCCCAGCACGAUAUGCAGGGAAUCUCUACAGCUCAGUUCAUCCAGCACGGAGAUCUCACAGAGGAGCAGCAACAGCAGAUUCAGGCACAGCUGGUUGCAGCUGUAGCCGGAGGACAACAAAUCCAGUUACAAGGAACGCAACAUAUUCAGCUGCCAGGGGGCCAGCAAAUCCAGCUUCAGGCCGGUCAACAUAUUCAGCUACAAGGAGGCCAACAGAUUCAACUGCAGGGUGGACAACAGAUUCAACAGAUUCAACUGCAGGGUGGACAACAGAUUCAACAGAUUCAACUGCAGGGUGGACAACAGAUUCAACUGCAUGGAGGACAACAGAUUCAACUGCAGGGUGGACAACAAAUUCAACUGCAGGGUGGACAACAAAUUCAACUGCAAGGUGGACAACAAAUUCAGCUACAUGAUGGCCAACAGAUCCAGAUCCAGACCAUAGAGGCCAUGUCUCCUACCCAUCAACAGGACUCUCCUAGGGAGGUAGAGAGGAGGUCGGGUUCUGCCUCAGCUGUUCUCCAACCUGCCAAGAAGCGUAAGGUGGAUGUCCCUCUAUCUGUUUCCUAUGCUGUGCCACAGGGUCAGCAGAUGGCUACUGUUCUGGCCAUCCCUCAAGGGCAGCAGCAAAGCUAUGUGUCGCUACGACCAGAUUUGCUCACUGUUGACAGUGCUCAGCUGUUCAGCACCACAGGGACAAUCACAGGUCCCACGGGUGAGACCUGGACCAUCCCUGUCUACUCUGCCCCACAACAGCAGGGUGUAACUCACAUUGCCUUACCGCAGGAAUCGUACAGCACAGUGCAAGUUACCACCACCAACGGUAAGGAUAAAAUGUCCCCCAGGUCUGCAGAUGUGCAGUUGGCCUCCGCUGGGACACAGGAAGAAAUGGUACAGACCCUGUUCCCAGCGCAGUUCAUGAACGGGAACAUUCACAACCUUGUGGCAGUACAGGCUGUAGGAGGGACUUACAACACUACACAGUCGGUACACAUAUGGGACCCAAAUCAACAACAGAGUCAAGGAGAAGAGGGGCAAGAGCAGCAGCUCCAUCUGCAGGGUCAAGUCCAGACAGAGGCUGAAGCUGAACCGCCCACUGAAAUUCUGGUUCCUGUCUGUCUAAAGCCAGAAGAAGGCCUGGAGGUCUGGCGGCUUUGGGCGAAACGGAAAAACAUAGAGUUAAGCAAGCAGGAAAAAACCAGUCUUGCGCCAAUAGGACGUCGUCAGCCGCUGUGUUUCCAAGACGACUUGGUGUCUAGUGCUGUAGCCGAGCUAAACCUGGGUCUUGCCCUGAUGACGCAGGAAGCACGUGGAUCAGAAGAAGAAGAAUUUACCCCCGACGUUCUGUAUUAUGUAUUCUUGUGUAUACAAAAGUACAUCGCCGACAAUGGACGUGUGGAUGAUGUUUUCGCUGAUCCAUAUUACACACGUUUCUGUGCGUCCUUACACAACAUCCUUGAUGGCUGGAAACCAAGUGUCCACCCGUUAGGUUACAUCAUUCCAAGUCAUGUGACAGAGGAGAUGCUGUGGGAGUGUAAACAGCUCGGUGCACAUUCGCCAGCCACACUUCUCACUACUCUUAUGUACUUCAAUACAAAGUAUUUCUGCCUGACAACACCUGAACAGCACUUGAAAGUAGCUUUCUCUAAGGUCCUCAGACACACGAGGAAGAACCCCACCAAUGCCAAGGACAAAGCAACCAGCAUCCGCCUUCUCAAAGGACAAGGUCCACACAGUGCCCUGCAGAAAGGAACUGACGACAUGUAUGAAGAACAGAUUGAAGAUCCGGAGAAUCCACUUCGCUGUCCCAUUAAACUUUAUGACUUUUACCUCUUCAAAUGUCCUCAGAGCAUCAAAGGACGCAAUGAUGCGUACUACAUGACUCCAGAACCUGUCGUCGCACCCAACAGCCCAAUGUGGUACUCAUCGCAGCCGCUCACAAAUCAGCAAGUGGAACAAAUACUGGCUCGCAUCAUCGUGGUCCGAGAGAUCCAGGAGAUUAUUGGUGUCAGUGCAGAGAACAUGGGCUAAGCUGAGCAGACUGUCUGGAUUGAUGGGGACUCGUUCCACAGUCACUGAUUGCUGACUAUGCAGUAGCUGUCCUGACUUAAACUUCACUGGCCAUCUGAAAAAAAAUUGAUCAACUUCUGAAACAAUCACUUUUCUUCUGAGGAGUAUACACGAGAAUUUCUCUCCUUACUUUUUCUGCUUUCAGCUGAUUGGGUGGACUUCUCUUUCACUUGACCACCAGUGUAAGCCAUCGCCUCUGUAACCUGGCAGUUAAACAAGGUUUUAUUCUCACCACUGCGGGAACACUGGUCAGUCUCUUGGAUUGCUGCUGUCUCAGCUGAGCAGAGGUGUUUCUUUUUCUGUAAAACUCAAAUCUUGUGACUAUAUGACGAUAUUUCAUCCUCCACUUCUUAUCCUCAGUCAGUUAAUGUCUUACUUCUCCUCAAGGUCCCACUAUGAUACAGUACAUCUUAAAGGACAAUUACAGGGGCCACUGCUCAAGGUCCUUUUUUUUUUUAUUUCUAUACUGAUUGCAUAUUGAAUCAUGUAUUGAUAUGUUCAAAAAUACAAAACUUGUGCCUGUUUUUUCUAAAAACAAAAAGACGUGAUUUGGGCUUGUGGACAACCCAAGCGGACCCUCAGAAAUUCACAUGGUCAAGUACUAUACUGCAGUCAUGUGGGGGAAACAUUUUUCUCAGGUCGAAGCUAUCCAUUAAAGAACAACCAUCAAGGAUUUUAUUUGCCAACUUACUCCUGUAUGUCUGUGUGUAUAGUUGGUUAUUAAACCGGCAGGUGGAAACAUCUUUGUCCAGCUCAUG